AUGCCAAACUCAUCAAUGCCAUGGCUACAUGAGAACUUCACUUUCCCAGAGUACGACUUCAAUUACAGUAGGAGCAGCUUCAGUCUUGCAGCGGAGGUAAUCCUCAAUGUCACCCUGGGCAUCAUCAUGGCCCUUCUCAACACCGUCACCGUUCUGCACAGUCUGAGCUCUCGAAAACAACCGCAAACAAUCGAGUUAUACGGUGGUGCCAUCUUAAUCGUCAAAUACUUCGAAGAAGUAAGACAGACACCAAACCAAACCAUGGUGCGGCCUAGCAAUACUCCGACAGCUGAGGCGCCCUCCCCGUUGCCAUCAUCGUCACAUAUGCCUCUAGCUCUUUCUCCGCAAGAUAUCAGCACGAGCUCUACUCCCAUCUCAGCUCUACCGGCGCCCACACCGGUCGCAGCCGCAACACAACACAGGAGACGACCACCUCCACAACAGCUCUUCAAUCUCCAACCACGGAUGUCCUCACAGGGGUAUUCUUCCUCCUGGACAAUAUAG